AUGAAUAAUAGUGCGAAUACAUCUAUAUUUGCGUUGCCCGGUCAGUGUGGUAACCAGAUUGGAGCAGCCUUCUGGGAAAAUAUCUGCAAUGAGCACGGUCUCGAUGCUCAGGGAAACUAUCAUGGCACGUCAGAACUUCAAAAAUCAAGGCUUAACGUUUAUUUCAACGAGGCCUCUUCGGGAAAAUACGUCCCAAGAGCAGUCUUAGUGGAUCUAGAGCCAGGUACAAUCGACGCCGUCAAAUCGUCGAAGUACGGCAACUUGUUCCGUCCUGAUAACAUGAUUUAUGGCCAGUCAUCAGCCGGUAACGUGUGGGCUAAAGGCCACUAUACGGAAGGUGCAGAAUUGGUUGAUUCGGUGAUGGAUGUGAUCAGAAGAGAGGCAGAGGGAUGCGACUCGCUUCAAGGAUUCCAGAUUGCACAUUCGUUGGGUGGAGGUACGGGAUCCGGAAUGGGUACCUUGUUGAUCUCCAAGAUUAGAGAAGAGUUCCCUGACCGGAUGAUGGCCACAUUUAGUGUUCUGCCUUCUCCAAAAGUUUCGGACACUGUCGUUGAGCCUUACAAUGCGACGCUUUCGAUCCACCAGUUGGUUGAGAAUUCAGAUGAGACAUUCUGUAUCGACAAUGAGGCCCUUUACAACAUCUGCGUCAACACACUUAAGCUUCCACAGCCUUCGUACGAAGAUCUCAACCACCUUGUUUCUGCAGUUAUGUCUGGCGUUACGACUUCUCUUCGUUUCCCAGGUCAGCUUAACUCCGACCUCCGGAAAUUGGCCGUUAAUUUGGUUCCAUUUCCUCGUCUCCACUUCUUUAUGGUUGGAUAUGCUCCAUUGACGUCGACCGGAUCACAGUCGUUCCGCUCGUUAACAGUUCCAGAGUUGACCCAACAGUUGUUCGAUUCAAAGAACAUGAUGGCAGCCGCCGAUCCUCGAAAGGGCAGAUAUUUGACUGCUGCUGCCUUUUUCCGGGGUAACGUGUCUGUGAAGGAGGUCGAGGACGAAAUGCACAAGGUGCAGACGAAAAAUGCAGACUACUUUGUCGAUUGGAUACCUAACAAUGUUCAAUCUGCAGUCUGUUCAGUUCCUCCUGUCGGUUUGGACAUGGCUGCCACCUUUAUUGGCAAUUCCACCUCCAUCCAACAGCUUUUCAGACGUGUUGGUGAUCAGUUUAGUGCCAUGUUCAGAAGAAAGGCCUUCUUGCACUGGUACACGUCCGAGGGAAUGGACGAAAUGGAGUUUGUGGAGGCAGAAUCCAACAUGCAGGACUUGGUCAACGAGUACCAGCAGUACCAGGAUGUUAGUGAUGCUGAUGAUGAGGCAGAUGCUGAUGUUAAUGCUGCUGCUGAGUAUGCUGAUGAGGCUCCAAUGGAAGAUGAUCAGCCUGCUGAGACUGAGCCUGCUCCUGCAGCUGCUGCCUGA